UUGCCGAUGGAGACGUGAUUACAGUCACUGAACCGGUGCUACAAGAAGAAAGCAACUUAAAUAUAGAGAAGCUCGAAUUAGUUGGAGACAAGAUCAAGUGAUAUCAUGGAAGGCGCAUUAGUUCAGAGAUUGUGCUCAAAAAACAUCCGGUCGUUGUUGAAUCUCACUCGAAAUAUUCCUAGUUUACAUUGUUGCUCAAGAAUACGGGUGGAGCGGACCUUAUUUACCAGAAACACGACACUGCUCACUAGAACUCUACUUCAAUCACAGCGGAUAGAGAUAAGGGGUGCAGCCAGUCAGAAGAAAGGAAAAAACAAUUUGGCCUGGGCAGGUGCAUUAGCCUUGACUGGUGUGUGUGGCAUCGUUUUCUAUGUGAUAGAUAGCCUGGAACAGAAGAAGAAAGUUGCUACAAUUAAAAGUCAUGUUGGAAGUACUGGAAGAGUUGAUAUAGGAGGAAAACCAUGGACACUGGUAGACCACAACGGUGUAGAGAGGACGGAAAAGGACUUUUCAGGGCAGUGGGUCUUAAUGUACUUCGGGUUUACACAUUGUCCAGAUGUGUGUCCAGAGGAGUUAGAAAAAAUGGUGCAGGUUGUGGAUUCAUUCAAUGAAAGGAAAGAUGUUCCCAACAUACAACCAUUGUUUAUUACCAUUGACCCAGCCCGGGACACGAAGGAAGUUAUUAAAAAAUAUUGUCAAGAAUUCUCACCAACAUUACUUGGUUUGACGGGAACAGAGGAACAGCUAGAGGAUAUCAGGAAGGGCUUCAGAAUUUUCUUCUCAACUGGACCUGUGGACGAAAACGGGGAUUAUCUGAUUGACCAUACCAUCAUCUGUUACCUGACGCGGCCUGAUGGAUCAUUUGCAGACUAUUAUCCAAAGCGAGUGGAUCGUAAAGAAAUGAUUAAACUGAUUGAAAUACAAAUGAAACGAUAUGAAAAAUCACUGGAGAAUAAAAAGGCAUGAUGUUUAAAGGAUAUAAAAAAUUAAAUGGAGAGAUUUGGAAUUGAAAACAAGUGGAAUAAAUUUAGAGAUUUAAUUAAUUAUAGACAUAUUGCUUUUCUACCGUAUGUACAAUUGUACAGAAUUGUGAUGUAAACAUCACUUUCUGUGACCAUUGGUUCAAUACUUGUGAUAAUAAAUGUCAUUAUAUAACUGCCA